AUGUCAGGUCUAGAAAUUCUUGGAGCGAUCGCAAGCUCUAUCGCUCUGGCGCAGGCUGUCCAAGGGACACUCAAGGCUGUCGACUUUCUACGCCAAAACUCGGAUAUGAAGGGGGAAUGUAAUAAACUGAGGAAGGAAAUCCUCAUGAUCGACUGCUUCAUCAUGCAGGCCAGAGAACAGACGGACCCGAUGAUGCCAGCGCAACGACUCCUUGGAUCUUCAGAACACCCGCUAGUCUCCUUGACAAUACAAGAGCUUGAAGAGAUACUGGAAGAGCUUAAUGAGAUUGUGGAGAAGUACUCACGCUCUCGCAAAGUCCACAACCCGAAGAGAUACACAGAUAAGGUCAAGUGGUUAUCAGAUGCCGGCAAAAUCGAGGAGCUUCGGGAGAGAGCUCAGGCUACAAAGUCCAAUCUGCACAUGGCCAUCACAUUUAGGGUCUCUUCCAUGAUAGAUAGGGGGAAUGUGCGACAAGAAGUUCUCUUUCAUCGUGUGACUCAACAGUUAACUUACUAUACUCAAGAGACUCACAAUCUCUCUCAGACUUUACCUAAACUACUCCAGGGACCCCAAAUCAUGCCGGAAAGUUCAGUCACAAGUUUACAACCAUGGACGCAAGGCACCAUGUUUCACAACCAGCCGGAUCCGCCAGCAACGGAAGAGAACAGAACUGCCGAGGACUCGAAAAUGUUCUCGAGCAACAAUGCAGGUCAUGGCCUUACCAAUUUCCGGGAGGAGAGCUUCGUCAGCCUGUCAUCAGUCCAACCACUGGGCACACGUUCAUGUGGCUCGAAAUGCCAAUGUCGAUGUCACCGAGGACGACGAGACCGCACUGGUGUAUGGGCAGUCUCCCUCUUCUCUUCAUGGCUCACUCGAUAUGAUCACACCGACGACGCCAGUUCGCAAAGCAGAUGCAGAUGCAGGUCCAGCGCCGAGUUCGAAUUUCGGCUCCCAAGGUGGCUAUGGGCAGGUGUCCUUUCAUUUCAGGCAUCCCGAGGACCCAAUAUUAGCCUCUCCUUACGCCUAUCCAGGGUUCUUGAAUCUAAAGAUGACUUAUGGGUUACGAUGGCAAACCCAUCCUUGCUAGAAGCCCGCAUUAGAGAGGGGAUUGUAUACUUUCCAGAUGACACAGUUGGAAAUGAGUGGCCUUUAUUAUCGAUGGCAUUGUACAGUGAAAGCCCUGACUCUGUAGAAAUUCUUCUCAAGCUUUGGGGAAAUAUAUUGCCAAGUCAGAGGCUUCCGAGGAAUAUCGGAUAUGAACUUAAAUCAUAUCAUACUGAAGGUGACAGACCUGAAACGGACAUGGUAAUAGAAAAAACCUUGUCUUUCGUGCAAGACUGGGACGAGGUGAGCACAACUAAAGUUCACAAAGCGGCCGCAGGAGGAGGAGGAGUGUUGGACGCAUUGCGGGAGCAACCAUGGGCUAUCGACGAACUCAACGAAUAUGGACAGGCCCCAAUUCACGUCGCAAUUGAAAAGAACAACUUGGAAGGACUCGAGCAACUGAUCGCAGCCAAUGCUGACGUCAACCGGCAAGAUGCUGCGGGCUAUACUCCCCUCAUGUUAGCCGCUGAUGAUGCGAACGACACAAUGUUACGGAAACUUUUGGAAAAUAGCGAGUGCAAGAAGUGUAUUAGUCAAGGCAAUAUGCAAGGUUUAACUGCGCUACACCUUGCUGCCAAAUCAGGGUCCUCGGCCUGUGUCAGACUGCUACUCGAGGCUGGAGCGCCUGCAUCGAAGACCGAUGAUUAUGUUAGAACUCCAAUGCACAACCUUGCUUGGGUAAGUCAAGAACAUCAGCAGGAGAUUCACGAGAUCAUAAAAUUUCUACUAGAUUAUGGGGCAGACAUUGAAUCGAAAGAUAAUCUUGGUUUAACACCAAUCUUAUGGGCAUGUCAAAAAGGCAAUGUCCCGGUCUUGGGGGCUCUUGUUAGGGCAGGGGCAUCACUUGGUGCCAUCAAUUUGAAUCGGCAGGGCAUUCUACAUACAGUAGCUUGUUCUGACAACUUUGAUGUUGUUCAUUACCUUGCAAAACAAGAUCUUGAGGAAAUCGAUCCGCAACUUCGAGACCUCCGCGUGGGCGACACUCCUCUUGGCAGCUUAAGGUGGAUUUUCAAUAAAUACUUCUCGAAUUUCCACACUAUUCCAAGUCAAGAGCAACAAGGGGACUUCAUCAGAUUCUAUUUCAAGUUGCUGAUACGUAAUUUGGAGCGUCACAUGUCAACUCUUCGGGACAUUCAAGAAGCAAUACAAGAUAGAGACUCAGAAGCCGCAAGAGAACUCCUCGAUACACUGAUCAAAAGAAAUGAGGCCGGUUUCCGGCAGGGACUUGCUGGCUGGUAUAGAGGACUGAAGUUUUAUGUUUCAGAUGGUCAGUGGGAUAAGUUGAAGGAGGCUAUAUGCGAGGAAUAUGAUGAAAUUUCGGAAAAGACUGAAAGAGCGGUGAUUGCGAAAGAGAAAACAUUAGCGGAUCCUGAGAUGAAGGAAUUUUUCUAA